GCUGAUGUUAUGGUUGAGUAAGAUUGCAUUCACAGAAUACCACUUUGUAGCAAAACAUUAAAAGAAAUUAAUCAUUUAACUUUUUCAUUUUCUUUUGUGUGGGGGGUGGCAGGGGUGGGGGUGCUGUGGCUUUGUCUUGGGGUCACCCCCAUCAUUCACUAUCUGGAGUCGAUACCACCAGAACAGGCUUUUGUAGUUCAUCAGUUCCUUUCAAAAAACCAAUGGUGGGCCCUCCAAACACACACACACACACAACACAUAUUAUAAUUUUUAUGGUAGCUAGCUUUGUGCAUUGGUUUGGUAAUUGGUAGUAUAUAUAGGUGGGUAGGAGGGGACUUUUGAGUUCCUGCAGAAAAAGGCUUCUUUAAUCUUGCAUUGAAAAUAAAACACACACAACAAUACACCAUAUUGAAUAUACAUAUAUUAUAUGCAAAAUAAUUGAAUGGGGCGACAACCGUGUUGCGACAAGCUCGGGGUGAAGAAGGGGCCGUGGACGGCGGAGGAAGACAAGAAGCUCAUCAACUUUAUCCUCACCAACGGCCAAUGCUGCUGGCGGGCCGUCCCCAAACUGGCGGGCCUCCGCCGCUGUGGGAAGAGCUGCCGUCUCCGCUGGACCAACUACCUCCGCCCCGACUUGAAGCGGGGCCUCCUCAACGACGCCGAGGAGCAGUUGGUCAUUGAUCUUCAUGCACGCCUUGGUAACAGGUGGUCUAAAAUCGCGGCAAGAUUGCCGGGAAGGACAGACAACGAGAUCAAGAAUCAUUGGAACACACACAUUAAAAAGAAGCUUCUGAAAAUGGGGAUCGACCCAGUCACGCACGAGCCCCUCAACAAAGAUCAAACGGAAGAGAAGCAGCAGACGCCGCCGCCGCCGGACGUCCCUUUCGCCGGCGAAGAGACCUCGUGCUCCCCGACCGACCAAAACAGCUCCUCCGACGAGUCCAACAGCAACAUGUACGAAAACGACCCGUUGAUCAGCUGCCUAUUCCGGGACGAUCCGCCGCAGAUGGACUUCCCGUGGGAGUUUCCGUCGGCGCAGGAGGGCGUCGCCGCCUCAGCGUGGGACCACAGCUGCCAGUGGCUGCUCGACUGCCAGGACUUCGGGGUCCACGACUUCGGCUUCGAGUGCUUCAACGACGUUGGGGUCGUGGGCAACAAUCUGGAGUUGGGAUUGAUAGAGACGGGGAAUAAUAAUCAAUAAAAAUUACUCCAAUUAAUUUCAUAUAUAUAAUACCUAGAAAGGCAAAAGGAAAAUGGAAGUGGGAAUAUAUCACGAUCUGAGCGGCCGUGGCAUGUUACUAAGUAACAUGUUAUGUGUGUGUGUCUCGAAUUGAUCGUAACUAGAAAUAUACAGUUGAGUUUUGGUGUAUGGUGAUGGGAUAUGAAAGUGAAAGUGAGACCUUUCUUGUGAAUAGGUUUCCCACCAACCAAGAAUUUGAGGGAAUUAUCAAAUUCAAAUGUUUUUUUUAAUGGUGUUUGGAGAAGUAGUUAGACUUUUGUGUCACCAAGGACAUAACGUACUUGUAAAUAUGAAGCCUUUUAUAUGAAUUAUAUAUGUACGGAUCGACCGUUUUAAUAAUAAGAAAGGCCCUUUUUUACUGUAA